CCUUAUUUGGAAGAAGGUGGUGUGGUCGGGUGUCAAGACGUGAUUGCAUUGGCCACCCUACUACCGUGCAUCUCCUUUAAUGACCGCAUGGUCGUCGUAGGGCCGGCACGUGUGGUUGACGAGGCAUCACUAUCCAAG